AUGGACAAUUGUUUAAAGUUUACUUUAAGAAAUUAUAACUUUUAUGAAAUCGAUAUAGAAUAUACAAAUAAUCUCAAUAUUAAAUUUGAUAAUAAUUCAUCGACUUUGAAAUCAAUAGAAGAAUACCCCAAGAAAGACGAAUUUAUGCCAAAUAAUAUAUCUAAAAAAGAAGACCAGGAAAUAAUACUGUAUAUAUCUGAUAAAAGUACAAAAUACAUACCACCUCAUAAAAAUAAUAAUAAGUCAAAUUCACUAAAUCAAUCGAAUAAAAAUAAAUAUCAAAAUGUGGACCAGAGUGAAUUACGUACUACCAAAAAUGGAUCAAUAUCUAAUAAGGAUAUCUCAAUCAUUGAUGAUGAAAAGAUGGCAAUGAGAAAGAAAAGGUUUGAAACUAAUAAGCAUCAUAAGCAGGGGUCGGACAACUCACUGAAUAACAAGACUAAAAAGUACGAUUAUGGAUUGGUAAGUAGGGGUGACGAUAAUAGAUUGAAAGAAUCCCAAUCUGAGAGAGAAGAGUUCUUCUUAUAUAUUUUGAACAAAUUCAUUCGAUAUACGUCACAAAGCUCAUCACAAUCAUUGUCAGAGACUAUCGAAAAAUUAAAAGAGUCAAAUCCCGAAGAUUUUGAAAGUGCAAAGUCGUUAAACUCACAGGAUGAUCAACAAACUCAUCAAAAAUCCGACGACGAAGUGAUUUUGGAAAUUCUAUCAAUGGAUCUUAGAAAAUUACGAGAAAGUUUGUUAAAUAUCCCUCCGUCCAAAUUUCAUAAAAAAGUAUUUCUAUUUUCAAUUCGAUUUUCAAAUUAUUUUGGACAUUUCAAGACAUACAUCCCGAGUAUAAACUAUUUGAUGAACUUUGAGAAACAAUUAAACUUAACAAGGCUUGAAGUUGAAGAAAUUGCUAUUAUUUUAAUCUUGCAUACGAUCCAUGUCAAUAACGAUGCACAACAAUCAAUAUUCUACUACCACAAAUACAUACCUAAUAGAGUGGACAUUCUUCGAAUUAUAAGGUAUUGGAUUCAUAUCGAUUAUUAUCAAUGGAUGAAAACAUACAAUACUUGUGAAAACUAUACAAUACGAUCAAUGAUGAGUUUAGGUUUAAAUAAAAUUUUAAAUAAGAUGAUACAUAUUGUCACUGCAAGCUAUUAUAAUUUACAUAAGGAUGUUUUAGAGAGGUAUUAUCUACCGAAGGAAAUGUCGUAUGGAGAUUUCAGUAAAAAAUACAAGGUAAAUUGGGUCUUAGAGGAGAAUGGUAAUGUGAUAAUACGAAGUCGAAGUAGUCGUAAAUAG